AUGGACACUCGAAGCUUCGAAAUACCUCUUUUGACUCCCGGAAACGGAAUCGUCGAGGUAGAAGGAGAAGAAAUCACUCCGGAGGAGUUUCACUCUGCCGGGGGAGGUUGGAUGCCGGUCUUACUCAAGGCCCGAGCAGAAAAGAAAGCGCUAAGCCUAACGGCCGGUUCCCAGCCAAACCGCACUCUUGGUAGGAACAACGGGCGGGACGGCCGAGCUCGAAUCAAGAAGGCGCCAAGGCCUCCGAAGCUUCCGGAAGACGAUGCGAAAAUCGUUUUUCGACUUCGGGGAGGACUAAACGUGCGGAAAGAAGACAGAGUCUUGGUCCAACGCAGCAUUCAACGCGCGGCGCAGCUCUCAUCGGAGAACGCAGGACACGACGCUUUUCGCUUCAACGAGGAACAAAAUACGCUCAUCGUGAGCACCCCGGCACUCGAAAACGCCGUCAAAUACGGAGGAGUGCACUCUAUAAGCUUCAAGGGACAAACCUACGAGGUUGUAGCGUACGCAAUACCGCCAGACGACACCAUAAAGGGCGUAAUUCACGGGAUACCGGACGAAGACUCCGAGCAAGACGUUCUAAACAACCUAGUCACGGCGAGGAACCCAAACGUGCUCCACGCCAGACGGAUGGGCCGUUCCAAGUCGGCGGUGGUACUUUUCAAGGGCCAGAAAGUGCCGUUCUGGAUCAUGUACGGCAACGUGGAGUACAAGUGCAACCUGUACAAGAAAAAGAUCGAAGUAUGCGGUACGUGCGGCGGAGUCGGACAUCGGUCCGACGUGUGUCCGCGACCGAAAGAGCAACGGUGCAAGAUUUGCAACACUCUAAACCCGACAGACGGCCACGCGUGUUCGCCGUCGUGCGGCAUCUGCGGCAAGGCUCACCCCACGGGUGACACACGAUGCAAGCAGCGUUUCAAGACGCCGUACAUCCUGCAACAGCGGCAGUGGGAGAAGAAGAAGAAACAAGAGGAGAGCAGGUUCAAGGAAGAGGACUUCCCGCCGUUACCCAAAGGACGGUCGCGGAGCCGAGCAUCCGUGCGGUCAACCUCGCGGCAGCGGUCCGGCUCGCGGCGGAGAUCGAAGUCCAGGAGGAGGUCCAGCUCCCGACAGCGAGUCAGCUGGGCCGGGGUGACCGACCACAAGGCCUCGGAAAAGAAGAGCAAGGAGGCCAAGACGCAGAACGACAAGUUAGACGAGAUCCUUGUCAUGAUGCGACAACUCCAGAAAGAAAACAAGGCUCUACGCGUGAUGGUAGAGAAGACCGAGAAGGAGAACGCAUGGCUGAGGACACAGCUUCAGCAGAAAAGCAACGAGACGGAGAAGGAACCGGAGAAGGCUUCGCCACCCGCGAAGAGGAAGAUGGUCGUAAGACCGGGCCAAGAGACGGUCGCAUUGGAUAAGGCCGAGGCGCCGCUGCAACAGGAAGUUAACAAGCAGGUGGUCGAGCUGAUGUGCAACCCCGAGUGGCUGACGCAGCUGGCUAGGCACAUGGAACAACUACGUACGGCACAAGUCCAAUACGUGAAUAACAAAGACGAAAAGGAACGACCGGAUUUGAUUGCCUUACAAGAGUCGAAACAACUGGCCAAACUGUCGGGUUACAAGUCCUACGGCAUGGAUACCAAGGAAAAGACGCAAGUGGUCACGUUGGUCAAAAGGAACAUACCGGUCGUCGUUCAUUACACAGGCGUUUCAACAGUAGAACACGUGCUAAUCGAGAUAAUCUCGGGGAAGAAGAAAGACCAGCGCAGCCUCUUCGUGCUGAACAUCUACAGCAGCCCGGCGAAACGGCACAGAUUCGCUUCCCUCUUCCAAGCGACCCUGAACAUCGCCAGACGCCAGACACUGGUCGUGUUUGGGGACUUCAACGCCCAACAUCCGGACUGGGGAUACAAGAUCGAACGACCCAAGGGCCGAAAACUGUGGAUCGACUCUCACGAAUGCGGACUAUCCCUGAUCACCGAUCCGGAUCAUCCGACGAGGAGAGGAGCCGCCCGACAACAAGACACUACGCCAGACCUUACGUUUGUGCGCUAUGCAAAGGAUGCAGAGUGGACAAACACGUGGGAAGACCUGGGUAGCGACCACUAUGUGCUAAAGAUAACGAUCCGCGCGGGCCCUGGAAAGCCGCGGGGCAGAAAGUGCAAGAUCACGGAAUGGGAUAAGUUCCGAGAGCUGAUGGGCGAAUACGAGACGGAAGACGUCACAAACAUUGGCGAGUGGAUGGAAUGCCUGCUGGCGGCUGCCGAACGGACGACCAAGGUGAUUCCGGAAGAAGCGGACGUGGCCGCUGCGGAUAGCCGACUCUUACACUUAUGGGAGGCUAAGGCUAGUCUGCAGAAGCGGCAGCGUACGCAACGUAACAAUCGGAACCUUCGAAGAAAGAUCGCUGAACUCAGCAGAACGAUCGAGACGUACGCUGACCAGGUUACGCGUCAACAGUGGCAGGAUACCUGCGAAGGGUUCGACGGUCAGCCCAAUGUACCCAAAACUUGGAACAUACUGCGGCACCUACUGGAUCCGGACGGUUGUAAGACGGCUCAGCGUAGCAAGAUGUGCGAGAUCAUUCGAAGUCACAAGGGUGACGAGGACGACCUAGUAGAGGAGAUCCGUAAGCGAUAUAUUGGUGACAACCCGCCGAGAACACCCACGACAUACGGCGGUGCAGACAACGAGGUGCUAGACGCGGACAUUUCUGAGUUUGAAGUUGCCGAGACACUGCGCAACUUGAAGACCAAGUCUGCUCCGGGACCGGACGGUGUCACCAACAAGAUGCUGCGGAACCUGAGCAACGAAGCCAUAACCGGCAUCACAAAAUACAUCAACGAGUGCUGGAGACAAGGCCAGCUACCACGGCAGUGGAAAACGGCCAAAGUGGUCCUGAUCCCGAAACCAGGCAAGAAGCCUCAGCUCGACGCUCUGCGCCCAAUCUCGCUCACGUCCUGCAUGGGCAAGAUAAUGGAGCACGUCGUUCUACGGAGAAUCAACGACUUCAUGGAGAGGAACCAAUUGUUCCCUCACACCAUGGUUGGAUUCCGGCCACACCUGUCUACCCAAGACGUGAUGCUGAGGCUCAAGCACCAAAUCAUAGAUGGCGAAAAAAGCUCUCAUCUCGACACUAGGGUGAUCCUGGGCCUCGACCUUACGAAGGCCUUUGACACUAUCAGGCAUGAUGCGGUCCUUGAGAACCUGGAGAAGCUGGGCGUAGGGCGACGCACGUUCAACUACAUUCAAGACUUCCUCAGCGAUCGGACGGCGCAAAUCUCCAUCGGUGGCGUCACGUCCGACGACAUCAAUCUAGGCGGGCGAGGCACACCUCAGGGCUCGGUCCUGUCGCCAUAUCUAUUUAACGUGGCGAUGAUUGAGUUGCCUGCGAAGCUCAGCAAGAUCGAGGGGCUGCACCACAGUAUAUACGCAGAUGACAUCACGCUCUGGAUGACCGGCGGCUGUGACGGGUUCAUCCAAGACACGCUACAAGAAGCGAUACGGACGAUUGAGGAGUACGUCACUCCGAGGGGCCUAACUUGCUCUCCACAAAAGUCGGAGCUCCUCCUCCUCAAACCUGUUCGGUCCCGCCAGCUGCCGUCGGACAUCGCGCUCUACUCGCAAGGACUGCGUGUCCCGUCGGUGAAGAGCAUUCGCAUCCUGGGUCUGCGGGUCCAGGCGGAUGGCAACAACUACGAGAUGAUCGAAUCGCUCAAGGCGUCAACUUACCAGAUCACCCGGCUUAUUUCACGCAUCUCAGGCCGUCACUUCGGAAUGAGGGAAGGAAAUCUUGUACGCCUCGUCCGCGCUUUCGUCGUGAGCCGGCUGGCAUACGUCCUUCCCUUCCUACGGCUCGGGGUGGCGGAGAAAGCCAAACUUGACUGCUUGAUUAGGAAGGCCUACAAGCGAGCACUUGGCAUCCCGGAUUCCACGUCAAACGAAAAGCUGGCGGCGCUGGGCCUACAUAACACCGUGGAAGAGAUCGUCGAGGCGCAACGGACGUCUCAGCUCGAACGGCUAACAAAGAGCGCUACCGGGCGUCACAUUCUCGAAAACCUGGGCAUCCGCUACGAAAGACAAACGGGCGAGAAAAUAGACGUGCCGAGACGGGUCCGGGAGAAGCUUACCAUCCCAAACCUGCCACGUCACAUGCACCCCGUGCACCAUGUGGAGCGACGAACGGCGAGAGCCAAGGCCCUUCGAAGACUACUAGAGAAGGAAGAGGGCGUCUACUACACGGACGCUGCGAGGUACGACAGGGAUGCCAUGGCCGCAGCCGUGGUUGACAAGCAAGGGAAGAUCGUUGCGAGCUGCAGUGUCCGGACGACAGAACCGGAGGUAGCCGAGGAAGUGGCCAUCGCUCUGGCACUCAAGCUGCAAGACGCUAAAAUCAUUGUCAGCGACUCACAGAUGGCGAUUCGCCAAUACGCCAAGGGACGGAUCUCGCCGGUUACGCUUCGAGUACUAGGUGAUCCUGAAAAGACUGCGAAGGUGAAGCUGAUCUGGACUCCAGCACACUCGUCGCUCCCCGGCAACGAGGAGGCUCACGACGCGGCCCGAGGUCUCACUCUCCGGGCCGGAGCAACGUCGGACCCCUCCAUCGAAUCGUCGACGGGGGGCGACAGACUGGUUACGUUCCGAGACAUCCUCGAUCAUUACGCCGGCGAAAGGAUGCGCUACCCUCCGGCGCAUCCCUCGCUGGACAAAAGACAAGCGGUAGCUUGGCGGCGACUACAGACAGGCACCUACCAUAGUCCUGCCCAGCUCAGCGGAUGGUAUCCGGAUCGCUACAAGGGAGACUGCCAGCUAUGUGGUGCAAGAGCGACUCUUCGCCACAUUAUUUGGGAAUGCAGCCGGCUCGACCGUAAAGCCCAGCCACUACUAAACAAGAUCACCAACCAAGAGAGCUGGGAAGCUCUUCUUCUCUGCACCGACCUUGAGGUGCAGGAACAAGUCGUCCGACUGGCCGAGGACGCCGCUGGAGUUUAAGCAAUCAAGUACGCUUACAUCAUCAGCACUUCUAAAAUCCAAAAACAUCUUUCUUGA